UCGACGUCUCCCCGCAGUCCCUUCUUUCCACCCGUCGCAGCUUCGAAACAGGCACAAGCGCACUGACUGCACCGAUAUCCCGGAACAAUUUGAGCACGGCACCAAGACUUCCCUCUCCCUCUUCUUGCUGCCGGCCAGCAGCCCACCCCUGCUCUUGCGAUGCUCCUCCUCGACUACCAGAAUGUCCUCAUACAAUCCCUCCUGACCGAACGCUUCUCCGGCGCCCCUCCGACCUCAAUUGACCAGGUCGUCUCGGACUUUGACGGCGUCGCAUUCCACAUCUCUACCCCUACGAGCAAAACGCAGAUACUCAUCUCCCUCUCCAUCAAAUGCUACCGCGAGUUGUUGCAGUAUGGCGCCGAGCAGGUCCUGCAGAGAGAGUAUGGGAACUACAUCACGAACACGGAGGCGGGCUAUGACUUCAGCAUUUUGGUCGAUCUCGACAAUCUGCCGCCGACGGCGGAGGAGAAGGAGGAGCUGGUGAGGAGGAUCAGUCUGCUCAAGAGGAACGUCAUGGCGGCGCCCUUUGAGAAGGCGUUUGACGAGUUCGCCCAAUUGGCCGAAGAAGCGAGCAAGUAUACGUCUGAAUCCGCCCCGCAGGGCGUCAAGGAAGGGGGCGAGGUGAUGGCGAUCCAUUACCGUGAGGAAGAAGCCAUCUAUAUCAAGGCCAGCCACGAUCGGGUCACGGUCAUAUUCUCGACCAUGUUCACGGAUGCCGUGGAUAGGAUCUUCGCAAAGGUGUUCUUGCAGGAGUUUGUGGACGCCCGACGGAGAGCCAUCCAGAACGCGCCGCAGGUGCUGUUCCGGAGCGAUCCGCCACUGGAGCUGCAGGGCUUGAGGGAAGUUGGGAAGACGGGCGAGAAGGGUGAAAUGGGCUUCAUCACAUUCGUAUUGUUCCCUCGACACCUCACCCGACAGCGCCGGGACGAGGUCAUCUCCCACAUCCAGACCUUCCGCGACUAUUUCCACUACCACAUCAAAGCCUCCAAGGCGUACAUCCACUCAAGAAUGAGACGUCGAACCGCAGAUUUCUUGCAGGUUCUCAAUCGUGCAAGACCGGAAACCGAAGAACGCGAGAGGAAGACAGCUAGUGGUCGGACGUUCAGAGUGCAAGGGUAAAACUCUUUCAAGCCUACGACCGGGGGUAUGACAUGACGCCGGAUGAGUAUGAUCGGAAAAUUGGCCUUCAGACGGCAUUCCUUGAACUAGAUCAUAUCUAGACUUUUUGGCAUCCAAAAGGCCUUGCAGGCCAUUUGCACAUCCGUACCUCCUGACUUGCUACUACUCUUGAUAUGUUUCGUGCGACUUGCUAUACAGUAGUCAUGACGCUAGCAUUGGAAUACCACGCCAACAUGGGGUUCUCUCCA